CUUCCUGUGAGGUUGCUAGGUGACCAGGCACCGCCGGAAGUGGACUGCAGAGGCAAAGGAGAUGGGGGAGUUCGGACAGUUGGGGGAGUACGUUUUGGUCCGGCCCGUGGGGAAGGGAAGCUACGGGGAAGUGAGUCUGGUGCGACACCGAACCCUGGGGAAACAGUUUGUCAUUAAGAAGCUGAACCUACAGAACGCCUCUCGCCGGGAGCGUAAAGCGGCUGAACAGGAGGCCCAGCUGUUGUCCCGCCUGAAGCACCCCAACAUUGUGGCCUACAGGGAAUCGUGGGAAGGAGAGGAUGGAAUGCUGUACAUUGUUAUGGGAUUCUGUGAGGGAGGAGAUCUGUACCAUAAGCUGAAAGAGCAGAAAGGCAAACUUCUCCUAGAGAGCCAAGUUAUGGACUGGUUCAUCCAGAUCGCUAUGGCCUUACAGUAUUUGCACGAGGAGCACAUUAUGCACCGAGAUCUAAAGACUCAGAAUGUCUUUCUUACUCGAUCCAACAUCAUUAAGGUGGGAGACCUGGGAAUAGCGCGGGUGUUAGAGAGUCAGUAUGAUAUGGCGAGUACGUUAAUCGGGACACCCUACUAUAUGAGCCCCGAGCUUUUCUCCAACAAGCCGUACAACUAUAAGUCUGAUGUGUGGGCUCUCGGCUGCUGCGUCUAUGAAAUUGCAACACUCCGACACGCUUUCAAUGCCAAAGAUAUGAACUCGUUGGUGUAUCGCAUUAUUGAGGGGAAGUUGCCCCCAAUGCCAAAGGAUUACACUAAAGAGCUGGGAGACCUGAUAGCAGCGAUGCUGAAUCGGCAGCCGGAGAAACGGCCAAGUGUGAAACAGAUUUUACAUAAAUCCUUCAUCAGACAUCACAUCACCUUGUUCCUACAGGCCACAAAACUAAAUCAUUGCAAACCCAAAAAGAAAGUGUCCGACAGCAGCCUGAGCAAUAUCUCAGCAAAUCGUGAAGCACAAGAUGAUGCACUGCCAAAAUCUGCCUGCGACCCUCCCAAAAAGAUUGCAUUGAAAAAGAUGAGAAGUCCAGCCAAGAACAAGCCAGCAAUUGCCGCUCCACUUGCAUCCGAUAUCGAUGUCCCAGAAACUGCCCUCAAUUGUCUGAACCACACUGGCGUGUCUGUGGCAACCCUCAGCAACGUGGAUAUCAAUAUCUCUCCGUCUGAAGGUGAUCGCCCUGCUCCAGAUCAUCCGAUACCUGCACAAAAUCCUGCCAAUGAUCAUGUUACAAACAAGCCCAAAUGGAAGAGACUUCAGAUCGAAUCACAUACAGUGGAAGGCACAGAAAAAGUGCAUUUAAAUUCUAUUUCCAGGGUAGAAAAGAAGCACUCUGGCAGCAUGGAGGAACAAGAUGAUACCAUGAAGCUCUUGCAGCCUGUUACCAAGAAUCCGAAAUCUCCCAGUAAUGAAGAAUUGGAAUCUACGGAUAAACUUCUAGAGCCUUUUGUCCCAGUAAUGGAACUUGCUUCAGUAUCGGCAAAGCCUGCAGCAAAAGCAGAGCAAUUUGUUUGUCCUGCACCCCAGCCUCACAGCUCAGUGUCGGAACCAUCCCUCUCUCGACAGAGACGACACCGGAGUAGAGAUCAGAAGGAGGACGAUACACACAAGGAGGAUGUGGCGCACCCCAGACCUCUCCCCAUUCCCCCUGCCAGUUCACACCCAGUGGUGCAACAUGUGAGGAGUACCCCAGAGAUCCGUAAUCCUGCACAUGGGACGUCCCUAUCACACUGCAGAGUCAAUUCAGCUUCACAGGAGCACCGACCUCUGUCUGCCCGGGAGAGAAGGAGACUCAAGCAGUCGCAGGAGGACAUAUUUGCCUCUGCUCCGGCAGUCACAAGAAGCUCCUGUGGGACACAAUGUGGCACUGAGACCCCCGCUGCACAUCACCCAGACGCCCUUCCUGAGGGGAAGCAGAAGAGCGGUGUUUGUCGGCGUCUGUCUGAAGAUGAAUGGAGUUCCUCUGCCAGUUCCACUGAGCGCUCGGAGGGAGAAUGUAAAGAAGGGAGAUGGGAGUCGAGUGAGAUGCAGGAUCUGGUUGAGCUGAUGACAGAGACGUUGCACGUGGAGAGAUCAGAGGGGGAGAAGUCGGUACCACCGAGCAGAGAAUUCAGGCCCCAAAGGAAAUACAGAGACACCCUGAUAUUACACGGCAAAGCCCCCGCAGAGCCUGAGGAGUUGCACUUCCACGGUUUCCCCUCAGAUACCCUGACGGUGCCUGAGAAGUUCCGGCGCAUGGUGGAGGCUCUGAGGGCUGAUGUGGUGCAGGGAGUGGGAGUGAAGCUGCUGGAGACAGUGUAUGACAUCAUGGAGUGUGACGAUGAGACUGACAGGGAGGUGCAACUGAAGGAUCACCUUGGAGACAAGUACACUCCCUACAGUCUGAAGAUUCGGCAGCUCAAGUUCUUUGAAGACAAUUCCAAGUUUUAGCCGGGGAGUCACUUUGUACAGAACAAAUGUCAAUUCCCUACAGUUUGUAUAUUUUUAUAAUCUUCCUUUUAUAUUUGUAUCCAGACUCCUGUAAAUAUUAUCAGAUAAAAGCAUUGUCUGCA